CAGCUCAGGGAUCCUGCUGCUAUACGCGCCGCUGUUGCACCGACGCAACGCAGCUCUCUGCUACUACACCAGUGAUCAUGCGUGCCGCCGCCGUCGUCCUCGCUCUCGCAUUAGGCGCGGAGUGCUUCGCCCCGGCCCCCACUGCUAGAUCCAGCACGGCCCUCAACGCCGCCGGCCAUGCGGUCAUCGUGCGGUUGCGGCGUCGGAAGUCUUCGAGUUGUUGCCUCGCUGCCGUCGACGCUGUACGCGGAUGUCGGCUCAAUGUCGUCAAACUUCGGCCGACGCUGUGCCCAAUGUGUCGGUUCGACGGCGUGUCCCGCUCGCAGGUACAAAACAAGGGCGGCGGCCACGGCGAGAUCGGUUUUCAUCUGGCCAAGAACCUGGCUGACAAGGACCUGACCGUGACCAUCGUGCAGGACAGCGCCGCCAAAAAAGAAGCUUUGCCGUUCAGCAAGUACGGCGAGCUCCCGUCGUCCGUGAAUGUGGAGUGGGUCGACACGUCCGACGCGUCGGCCGUAGAAGCCGCCUGCGGCGACAAGGCCACGCACGUCUUCGACAACAACUCGAAGAAACCGGGCGACGCCGCGCCCAUCAUCUCCGCGGCGAAGAAGUCUGAUGCGUUCUACAGCUUCGUCUCAUCGGCGGGCAUGUACGCCGCCAAGGGGAUGUUGAAGGAGGAGAAGAAGGUCAAGGACCCGCCGACCGGCCAGCGCGAGGUCGAGAACGGUGUGGAAAUCAACCAGUGCGUCGGGUGCACAAUGACGCGGCCGUGCUGGCUCCGUCGAGCGGCGAGGAACCGGCAUCGCUACGCCAUCGAGCAGGCGUCGCAUCGAUGGCGUGGAGGACGGCGCGAUGCUUCAGCACGAACGCGCCGUAAAAUUUGAUUUCCACACAGGUCGAGAUGACCCUCGAGAAGGAGUUACCCGGAAGGUGGACGGCCUUCCGGCCGCAGUACAUCUACGGCCCCUACACGAACAAGCGCGAUUAUUUGGAUUGGUUCCUGAACCGAGCCGCGCGGGACCUGCCGAUGCCGGUCCCGGCCGACGCGCAGCAGCCCGUCUCUGUCACUCAUUGUGAAGAUGUGGCUUCGUUGAUCGGUUCCGUCGUCGGCAAAGAAAGUGAAGCGGGCGGCGAGAUCUUCAACUGCGGCACGAACAAGAUGUGUUCCUACGACGACGUGUGCAUCGCCGCGGCGAACGCGCUCGGCAAGGAGGCGUUAGUUACGGCAUUACCGCCGGACACCAAAUCCUCGUUCCCCUUCCGGCCGAACGCCGAGGGCUUCGCCGUGCGCGUGCGCAAGGUCAUGUCCACUCUUGGCUGGGAGGGCGCGAAGCACAACGUCCUCGAGGACAUCGCCGCGGACGGGUUCUACACGAAGGACUUCCUCGCGCUGGGUCUGGACCAGGGCGACCUCGACACGUCGAAGGACGGGCUCGAGCUGUGCCAGAACCUCGAGCAGGACUACGGGACGCGCGGCGUCCACCUCUAGAGCUAAGACCCAUGAAGUUUUUUUUGUUGUCGCGGCGAUGGCGUCUUGUGAUAGAUAUUUUGUUACGUUGCUAGGAC